AUGCCAUGAGCUACCCAAACGAGAUGAUGUGAACGUUCAGUAAGCAUAAUUAAAGAGAUUCUUGAUGAUAGUUUUGAAGAUUUUGUCGGUACAGAAUUUAUAGAAGAUGUCCUUGAUGAAUGCAUUGACUAUUAUGCAAGCGAGGACGAAGAUGAAGAUUGACAAUGCCCUUGAUGAUUACAUUUACUAGCAUGAAAGCGAGGUGAAGAUUGAUCAGAAGAAAGCUGAGAUGAAGAUGAAGAGACAGAAAAUGAGAGAGAAGAAUGCUGGGAAAUUGGGAGCUGAUUAUGACACACAAUCAAUCAGUUCGUAAGUAGAAGAAUUGGGAGAUAA